GCAAACCUCUCUAAUUCUUAAUUAAUCAAUAAUGGACAAUAAUCACCAAAUUUUGUUCCCUAGCUCAUCAUCAUCUGAUUUUAAGGUUUCUAGUAGCAACAGUUUUCUUGAUGUUAAGAAAGGAGAUAUUCUAAGAACUCCAAAUAAAGAAUCAUCAAGCAAGAAAGGUGGGAAAGAGACGAAGAAGCAGCACAGAUAUGUUUUUCAAACAAGGAGUCAUGUUGAUAUACUUGAUGAUGGCUACCGCUGGAGAAAAUACGGGGAAAAGUCUGUCAAAAACAAUAAAUUCCCUAGGAGUUACUAUAGGUGCUCAUACAGAGGGUGCAAUGUGAAGAAACAAAUCCAACGGCAUUCCAUGGACGAGCAAAUCGUGAUCACAACCUAUGAAGGGGUCCAUAUUCACCCUGUCGAGAAAUCUACUGAAAGCUUCGAGCAGAUCUUGAGAAACUUCCAAUACACAACUAAGUCCAACCCUAUUAUGUAUCUCCAACAACCUAAUUAGGAUUUAUAUAUAUGGGACUAUGUAUUGAUGCAAGCUGACAUUAUCUCAACCAUAUUCUUUAUUUCCGUACAUAAAUGACAAUUCAAAUCCUCAUUUGUUGAGUGGUUAUUAGUUUGAUAUAUAUCAAUAUAAAUUUAUAAUUAUAAA